UUGAAGAUGGCAAUAGAGCAAGUGGAAGAAGAUGGUGCUGUGUAUACAAUGGAAGAAGCACUCACAUCAGUUGGAAUUGGUAAAUUUCAGUAUAUGGUAUUGUGUUAUGCAGGUCUUGGUUCUAUUUCAGAAGCAGUAGAGACUAUGAUUCUCUCUUUUAUAGGACCUGCUUUAAGGUCCCAAUGGUCUCUUUCUCCUACUCAAGAAAGUCUUAUGAGUACUGUCGUUUUCGCUGGCAUGCUUAUCGGAGCUUUAUUUUGGGGGUUUAUCACAGAUUGUUAUGGAAGAAGGAAGGGGCUUUUAAGUAUAGCGUUAGUGACGGCUGUAUGUGCAACACUCAGUAUCUUUUCUCCAAAUUAUAAUUGGUUGCUUGCUGUGCGUAUGAUGGUUGGAUUUGGAGCAGGGGGUGGACUUGUAUAUGGAUCUUGGUUUCUUGAAUUUGUGCCUUCUCAAAAUAGGGGAAUGUGGAUGAUGAUUUAUGCAGGUUUUUGGACAAUUGGAACAAUACUUGAGGCUCUAUUAGCACUGAUGAUUAUGCCAAGAUUGGGUUGGAGAUGGUUACUGGCUUUAUCGUCCAUACCAUCAAUUGCAGCACUUUUGUUAUUUGUAUUGACAGUAGAAUCUCCUAGAUAUCUGUGUGCCAUAGGUAGGACAAGAGAUGCCUAUGAUAUUCUGAAGAAAAUAGCUGUUGUCAAUAAGACACAACUUCCCCCUGGAAAGCUCGUAUCUUCUGAAGUGACUGAGGUGCAUGAGGAAUUGAUUUCCCCUGGGAAAAUCAAAGUCUCGAUUCUUAAAUCAGGCUUCUCAUCACUACUAAUGCUUUUGUCCCCCGCGUUACGUAGAAAUACCCUCCUCAUAUGGGUGGUUUAUAUUGGAAAUUCCUUCUCAUAUUACGGCAUUAUAUUGCUGACCUCACUGUUUAGCAGUGGACAAUGUCAACAUUCGUCAAUUGCUUUGAACCUGAAUGAUGAUCAGAGCCUUUAUACAAAUGUGCUCAUCAAUAAUCUGGCAGAGAUCCCUGGAACUCUUUUAGCAGCUAUAAUGGUUGAUAAAGUUGGUCGGAAAUUCAGUGUGGCACUUAUGUGUGGUUUAAGCUUCCUGAGCCUUUUACCGCUUCUUGCACCUCAACUGCCUGCUUUGACUACUGCCUUGUUAUUUGGUGCUCGUACUUUCAUUUCUGGAAGCUUCGUCAUUGUGGAUGUCUAUUGUCGAGAGAUAUAUCCAACGUCUGUAAGGUCAACUGGUAUUGGAGUUGCAAAUUCUGUGGGAAGAAUAGGGCCCAUGAUUUCUCCUAUAGUGGUGGUGCAACUGGUAAGAGAGUGUCAUCAGACGGCUGCAAUCGUAUGUUUCGAAGCAGUUCUAGUUUUAUCAGCAGUCAGUGUUCUGCUCUUAUCAGUAGAGACGAAGGGUAGGGAACUAAUUGAUACUCAUGAUGUCUAAAGUUUGGACUUAUUCCAUUUUACUUGUAUAGACGUUUACUCUCCACUUUAGAGAGGAAAAAGAAAUGAUAAAUAUAUUUUUAUCAC